CUUACGUACAGCACAUGGCAUUUCAUGAAUAAACAUAAAGCGAAGGUAAAUAAAAUCGCUUCUAAUAUAAAUCAACAAGAAAGUUGACAUAGGUACCUACAUAAUGCCUAAAGCAAAAAAUAGUGUAGAUAAAUUAAAGCAUCCUAACAGUAGAAAAACUUUGUCUCUAGCUAAAAAAUUAAAAAGGGAUGAGAAAAGGGACCAAAAAAGACUUGGUACCGAUAUAAAGAAUAAUCUAACCGGUGAAAAAUUAUUGUGGUUCAAAGAAAGGUUGCCUGUGGAUACUCCUAUACUUUCAAAGGAACAAGUUUUAGAACUUAUUCUGUCUUACUUAGAGCGAUUCGAUGAGGAACUACAACAAAUUGCAUUGAAAAACUCCAUCGGACAUAGAAGGAAUCGUCAACAUGCUAGCCGAGAAGAUAUUAUCAAUAUAACAAAGAAAAGAGAGCAGGAAGAGUUUGAUACAUGUGGCUUAGAAAUGCCAGACCUAAUGGAUCGUCAGCAGAUAGAGGUUAUCAGAAACUGGAAUGGGGAAUUGAGAUACUUACAACAUUUUAAGUUAAAAAGAAUUGCUAGAAAGCAUCUAAGUUAGUUGCAUUAGCAAAGAAAUAAAUUAUUUUGUCUAAAAUACAGUACCCUAUGUUACCAAAAAACUGUCUUUAACUCAAUGAUAAACCUCUUAAAUACAGCCAAACUUUUUUGUAUUUUGAA